GGUUUACAGUUCUACUUAGAAGCAAACCAUAAAGAACUUCAAUGUUCAAGAUGGAUCUGAGUGUAAUUCUGUUGACAGUACUCUCAUUUGGCAUAGGAAGUUAUACUUUGAAAACUACUGCACAGGAUUUCAGAGUGGGAGCCUUCAGUUUGAAAGUUUUCGGGCAGACAAAGAUAACAGAUCUAUCCAUUGUGGCUACAAUUGCCAGGGUCAUCAUGCGCUAUGACAUCAUCUUGCUACAAGGAAUCAUAGAUAGUGAGGGCACAGCAGUUGAUGAUCUUCUAAAAUUAGUUAAUAGUGUAGAAAGUGAUGAUCCAUAUUCAAUGAUUAUUAGUGAAGGUUUAGGUAGUUCUUAUACCAAGGAACACUAUGCAUACUUGUACAGGAGUAGCAGAGCCAACUUGGUGAGAAGUUACACAUACAAAGACACAGGGGAUAGGUUUGAGAGAGAGCCAUAUAUUGCCAUAUUUGAAUCUCGUUACACAGCUGUGUCUCCAUUUGCCGUUGUUGGAAUCAAAACCACAUUGGAGGAAAUAAAUCUUCUGGCUGAUGUUGACAGUGAGCUGGAAGUCAAGAAUGUAAUCUUUGCUGGAGACUUCAACGCUAAUUGUGGCUAUGUAUCCAAUAAUCGAUGGAAAGAGGUGGAAUUACGUGAAAACCCACGGUAUAAAUGGCUAAUAGAAGAUGAUGUGGAUACUACACCUUCUGAUACAGACUGUGCCUAUAGGUAUUGAGGGGCCCCAUGUCUUUACACCUAAACAUGAACUUAAGAUUAGAUAGGAAUUAAACUGAUUUAGAAUAGUUUCAUAAACCUUGCUUUCUGAAUAUAUUGAAUUGUACUAAGCUACAUGUAUCCAUUACCUAGUCAAAAUUUUACCAUGUGAUUUUCUUAUGAAUAAACCUACUUUUGUAUAUUAUUUUGUGUUAUUUAACCACUUGACUGCUAUAGGCUGUAAUGCGCACUGACCCCCCUGGUGCUACUGAAUGGGACUAACAAGUUAGAUCUAUUUGGGACUACAACCGACAGCAACUUGGGGGAAAAAAUUAUAAAUAAUCCCAUCACUUUCCUCAUCACUAUUUCCAAUAUCCAUUAAAAAAAAUCAUCCUCCCCUUCUGACCCAGAUCUUUCACUAAAUUUAUCACUCCUAUAUCGUCAAAAUCCUUUGAUUCACUUCUCCACUGCGAGUCGCCAUUUUGAACUGAGCGUCGUACACUUUCACUAUGGCAAAUUGAAUACAAACAUUUAUAAAUCACUGCAAAAGUUUCGAUAACUUUUUUUGAAUAGCGCCAUCUAAUGUCCAUAGUCUGAAAUUUGAUAUACACACGCUGUUUUCAUCGUAGGGGUAUUGACAGCGUGGUGCUGACGCCUCAAACAGAAGAUAGGUCGAGCACGUAAUAUUACGUGCCUCGCACAGAUCGUACGCUCACCCAGCACGUAAUAUUACGUGCUACGCAGUCAAGUGGUUAAUGACCCAGUCAAUCCACUGCCCCUGUAAGUUUGCUAAAGAUUUCCUUUUCACUGUAAACCGUUAUUACUGAAUAAUUCUAAUUCAUAUUCCCAAAUUACCAAUGCACAAAGAAGCUUUUAAGAACCUGGCCUAUUGUUUGCAUAAAUUAUUUUUAAUGGUUUAGACUCUCAUUUCUAAUAUGUUUUUGUUAUGCUAAAAUUUAAAGUAAUAACUCUAUAUUACUUACACUCAUGAUUUAUAGAAAAUGAUUUAUUUGUAGACCUUGAGCCCAGUGUACCAAUGAUAAGUGCAAGUAACGAUGUAACAAGAUUAUCUUGGUAGGAUUGUCAUGAACAAAAAACCUUCUCAGUUCAUGCACACUUACUAUUCAUUCCGUUCUGGAUGAAGAGGUCUGUUCAACACCAUAUAUCUUUUAUUCUUUAGAUAGAAUACAAAUCAAAAUGAUUAAAGCUGUGCGUGAGGGUCAGGCCUGGGUCAGUGAAUAUAGAACUACUAUUCCCCUUUAUUGUUAGAAAUUAAUUGUCUUGUGUUUCCAACCAAAUGAUCUAAUCUUUAGCCAGGAUCACUCAGCAAUAACAGAUUUCAUAGCACACAGAAUUUCAACUUUGUGCAAAGGGAGUUAUUUAAUUUGCAUGAAUACAUCAGUGAUUCAGCUAGAUCCUAAUUCUCAUUCUAAUAAGAAACCCUCUUAUCCACCUAGGCAGUUGUCACUUGCUCUUGUCAAUUGCUUGCCUGAACAAAAAGAUUUGGCCUUAUCAAUUUCUUUUAAUUUUUCUCAUUUCUAGUUAAGCAGUGUUUUUAUAGAGAAAUGCAUUAGGCAUCAUUGUUUAGAUCAACUGAUGUCAUGCCUUUCUCUUUGCAACAUCAAUGGGUUAUUAGUUUAGAGAUCUCACAAAUUGUCGGCUAUGAAUAAGCUGUGAAAUCUUAAGUAAUAUGUAUUAUCAGGUACCAAGGAAGACCCAAUAAAAAUUGAAAUAUAAGGGGAUAGUACAUGUCGUCACUGACCACAAAAGAGUGCAGUAUGAACUUGUUGGGCAAUCUCAUAUGAGUGCACUUGUCAAAAUUUUGUAAAAACAGUGCGUAUUUCUUAAAAUUUUGUUACACUUCCUUAAUUAUAAAACCUACAAUGUACAUCAAAGGUCUAUCUGAAAUGUAAAGCUAUUGAAUAUUGAUGGUUUUGCCACACAGCAUGUAUAAUAAUGAACUUGUGACCUUUGUGUUUGACUAAUGCUUAGCCCCGCUUUUCCUUAGCUGGGUGUGGAUUCAGACUACAGCUCUUAGCACCGUAAUAAGCCAGCUACAUGUAACCCUGCAUUUUAACCUGGUCAGAUAGUUUGGUACUAUUUAAUAUGCUAGCCCAUUGUGGUAAAAAUUGGUCUAAGACCAAAGUUGUCUAUACCCAGGAAAUUGAUAGGGAUACCCCCCGUAUCCUAUUCCUAUUUCACAACUAGAUUUCCUUUUUUUUCUUAAAGUUUUGCAGCAGGAUAAGAAUAAUUUUCAAUUGGUGAAUAAGUAAACAACUGGCAUAAAAAUAUUGUCUAAGUUAACCAGGUUUAACUAAACUAUGGCUAUCAGAAUACCACCGAAUGUAUCUUUAUGCACUUAUUUUCCUUUUAUUUACAAAUAAGAUGUUGUCACAUACAUGUGUACAUGUAUGAGAAACAUGCUGUUUUUAUAAAGAAAUCAUGAAAAUUUACCUGUUGUUUGGUGAGGUGUUGCUUGCCAAAACAGGUUCAUUCACCAAAAUGGCCUUUAAGUUCUCAAAUGAUCUCUGACAUUCGUCAGACCAAACAUACUUCACUUUUGCCUUCAGCAGGUUUGUCAAAGGACUAACCACUGUACUGUAAUUUGGAACAAAUUUCCUGUAGAAGCCACUC